AUGGGAGCUUGUGCGUCCAAAGACAAGGAAUUGAAGCUCUCGGAGCCGGCGAAGCAACAUCCUAGGUCCAGACCCACUGUCAAGUCGUCGUCUGGAAAAGUUUUAGGUGGAGGAGGAGGAGAGAGCACGGAGAAUUCCAAAGAGGCAGCAGCACGAGCUGCCGAGCUCCGGUAUCAGAAUCACCAGGACCUGAAGAAGAAUAGCCAGGCCAAGCUCAAAGCAAUGGAGAAGAUAUCGAAGAGGGAGAAGGGAUUGGAGUGA